AUGGAAACGACGUUAAUAUGCAUUCUUGUACUGUGUUGUGCCCAUGUACUGAGUGCACCACCACAUUUUUUCACUGGUCACGGAACGCCAGCUUGCCGAUCGUUGCCUCACGAGGAUCUCCUAGCGCAACUUGGGGAAUCAUGGAAUCCCGAUUUUAUGGCACUUGUGUAUCCGUCUGGGGAGGAUAUCGAGAUACAUCUAAACCAGAAACACGGACAGAUUCCUCUGGAAGAAGAAGAUCGACCAACCGGUGAGGUUUUCAACCUGGAAGAAAAUAACGAUGGUAGCGGUGACGUCAAAAUAUUUGGAGAUAAUUUGAACGCGUCUGUAUCUGAUAUUCGAGAAGAAAGGGGAGUGCGACCAGCAGUAUUACCAGCCUUACCAUGGGAUUGUCCAAGUCGAACCGAAUGGCGUGAUCUUGGCGUACACGUGUUCCCUCGUUACAUACGCUAUACUGUUUGUGGUAAUUCCCGCUGUUUUUUCGAGCAUUAUAACUGCCUAACCCAGCACCUUACAGUAAAGAUUCUCCACAAAGUUAAAAAUCGAUGUACCAGAUUUCGCGAUAACCACGGAGAUUACAUUAUGUUAGAAGAGUGGCAACCAACGAGCGUUCGUGUUCCAUUCACCUGCAGCUGUGGUAGAGAUUUAUAA